AUGGUAGAACCGAGCAGCCCCGGCAGCACCAGCAGCGGCGGCGGCAGCCCCAGCGCCAUGGGCAACAGGAACCGAAGCGUGAGCAUGAACAUGCACUCGAACGCGCCGCCCAGCAAGAAACAGCGGGCUUCGGACGACGAGUACGAGCAGGCGACGCCCCCUCCGGCCCCGGUGGGGGGUUCUACCUCGCCCUACUCUGCCGCAGACGCGGUGGAGGCUGCGUCGGCCAUCAGUGAAGCUCGGGACCAAGCCAGCGACGAGACGGACGCCCCCGACGGCGAAGAAGACCAGGCGGGCUCCAGUGGAUCAGCGUCCUCCUCCUCUGCAAUGCCCACUCCCGUGCCGCCCUUCGGUGGGGACGGAGACUCGUCCUCUGAUGACAGCGACGUGAACGAGGAGGCCUUCAUGAACUGGCUCAUGGACCAGAAGACCUCCGGCAUGCCUGCUGGACAGAUGCUGGACGCGUUGGGUCUUGGAGUCUCGGAGGGAGUUGCAGUGGACGAUGACGAACUGUGGGAAGCCAUGUUCUCCAUGGGCAUCCGACUGAUCAAGCCUCAAGCCUCGAGGCCGCGAGAGAAACUGGACAGUGUUAAUACCUUGCAGGACGUGGCAUCGCUGCUGCGCUCGAGCAAGAAGAUUGUGGUGUUGGCGGGUGCUGGUAUUUCCGUGUCCUGUGGCAUCCCUGACUUCCGGUCCGAGAACGGAAUUUACAGCCGACUAGGCGAGUACAAUUUGCCAAACCCGCAGUGCAUGUUCGACAUCGAGUUCUUCCGCUCCAACCCACGCCCGUUCUUCGCGUUCGCGAAGGAGCUGUUCCCAAAGUCAAGCGGCUUUACGUUUGUGCCGUCUCCGAGCCACUACUUCUUAAAGCUGUUGGAGGAGAAGGGCAAGCUGCUUCGAAUUUACAGCCAGAACAUCGACAUGUUAGAGCAUGCGGCAGGCAUCUCUCACGAGCACGCCGUGUUGUGCCAUGGUUCGUUCGCGACGGCGACGUGUUUGGCAUGCAAACGGACGUACCCGAACGACGCAAUUCGUGAGGAUGUGCUGAACCAGCAGGUGCCGAUGUGCAAGUCUUGUAACUCGCCAGACGGAAUCGUCAAGCCCGACAUCGUGUUCUUUGGUGAAUCCCUGCCGCGGCGCUUUCACGACUCCAUUAAAAGUGACGAAGGCGAGGCGGACCUUGUGCUGGUCAUGGGGUCUUCUCUCAAGGUGAACCCUGUGCGUAGCAUUGUUGGUCGCUUCAAAAAGGAUACACCAAUGAUCCUGAUCAACAGAGAACCGGUCGGCCGCCCGCACAAGUUUGACGUAGAGCUGCUAGGAUAUUCAGACGAGAUCGUGCAAGAGCUGUGUCGACUUCUCGGAUGGGAAAUUCCACAGCCCGACCCGGUGCUUCUGGGGCAGUCUAACCUCCCACCACCGCCCGUGGUAUCUUCGAGCGACCUUCGACCGCUGUCAUUCGAGUUUAUUCCACCGUCAAGGCAUAUGUUCAACGGUGCCAAGUCCACUUACUGCAGCUCGAGCGAUGAUGAGAGCAGCAGCUCGUCUGGUGAGGAGGGAACUGGCGGUGAAGGCGACAUGGAUGCAGAUACCGACGCUGUGGGAGUAGCGAUGGAUGCAGACGAUGAAAAGAGGACACAACCAAUGGAGGAGUUGACAAAGGACGACCAAGACGAGCUGAUGGGGAGUGGCAACGAGUUGCUAGGGACCUCAAGCUUUGACGAUAACUGA